AUGGCACAGCGUGUCGCGGCCCUGAGCUUUCUGGGAGUCGCCUUGGCCAGCGCUGAGCCGGGCCGUCGGAGCCGUGGGAGCCGUCCCAACAUCGUGUUCCUGGUGGUGGAGUCCACCGACGGCAGGGCCUGGGGCCAGGACCAGCAGGCCGUACCACUUCCGCACCUGCGAUGGCUCCAGGACCAAGGCGUGGACUUUGCGAAGCACUACUCCAAUGCCCCGGUCUGCUGUCCCAGCCGGGCCAGCUUUUGGUCUGGCCGUCAUGUCCACAAUAUCCCGCACCACCAGAAGAGCUCCGGCAUCUUCGUGGAGGGGGCGUGGAACAACCACGAGGGACUGCCACCGAACUACACUCUGCGCCUGGACCAGGUGCUGCAACGAGAAGGCUACGACGUCAAAAUGACUGGCAAGCUGGACUACUCAGCCGGCGGCCACUCAGAGGAUGUCUACCUCCAAGCGUGGACGAUGUACACGCGCUUUCCCUACAAUCUCAGUAAGCCGCCAGGUGGUUGGGUUGGUGAAUCUGGCUGCGUGGACGCUGGGGAAAUUCGGCCCGGCAAUGCGACGGCACAUGAGAAAGACUGGAAGGUGCUCCGCAAAACGGCACGUUGGAUCAUGGAGCGCUCAAGGGACAAGCCCUUCUUCGUCUACCAGGGCAUGUCCAUUGUUCACCCACCGUACCGAACGAACGAGUUUUGGUUCAACAAAGUGGACCAAAGCCGAGUUCGAGUUCCAGCGUGGGAUGCAUUGGAGGAUUUGCACCCGUGCGACUUCCAGUCCUCCAUGCUGAAAGGCUGCAUACCACCAGCCAGCGCUGUGGGAUCUGACUUCUACACAGCGGCCCAUCGGCGCAAGAUCCGGACAAUCUACCUGGCCAUGAUCGCGGAGUUUGAUGCCAUGGUGGGCAAAUAUGUGGAGGCUGUGCAGGCCGCAGGACAGAUGAACCAGACGGUGUUCAUUGUCACGUCAGACCACGGGGACAUGCAGAUGGAGCAUCAGCAGUUCUACAAGAUGGCCGCCUACGAGGCCAGCGUGCGGGUGCCAAUGGUCAUCAUGGAUGGCCGCAGGCCGCAGGCUCCGCAGGCUCCGAUCCGGACGCCCACGCAGCUCAUCGACAUCUACCCAACCGUCCUCGUGUUUGCCGGUGUGCCAAGAAGGAGAUGGCCGCAAUUGGACGGGUUUCCUUUGCAGCCCCUGCUGAAUGGCAAAGGCUACGAAGACUACGAAGGCUACGGCUUCCGACCGACCUUCGUGGUAUCGCAGCACCACGGAGAUGACAUUGGGAUGAGCUGGUUUGCUGUGAUAAGGCAGCACUUGAAGCUGGUUGUUUGGGGGUCUGGGCAGCAGCACCCACAUCAACUGUUUGAUGUUACAGCCGACCCAGAUGAAAGAGUAAAUUUGGCCUUCAAGCCGGGCUAUGAGAGCACAAUCCAGGAAAUGCUGCAGGAGCUCAGCAGCAUAGUUGACUACCCGCAUGUGGCCGAAAAUGUGGCCAAGUACGGCCAGAGCUCCAUGAGGCAGUGGAUGAAGGACAGGAACUGGAGAGAGGAACUUGGACAGCCCCAUCUCAGAUGGCACCAGUCCUGGGCACAAGACCCUCUUGGAGCCGCCAAGGCUGUGGAAGACUGGUUGGCUGGCCCUCCCAACAUUCAAGAGUGCCGCGCAGACUUUGUGUGGCCUGCCCGCGCGCUGAUUGCCAUUUGA